AUGUCUUGCGAAAUUAUACAAGAUAAUUCUUGUGAAUUUUCUGAUGUUAAUGAGUUAGAGGACAUAUUAACUGAUGAAAAUAUACUAACUACUGCUGAUGAUUUGUUAGACUCUGAAUUUGAAAACUAUAAUAGAAAAUUGCCUUUAAUUGAUACACCAAUUGAGAUCAAAGUGGGUACCUGGUUUCCCUCCAUAUCUGUUGCUGCCCACUUUGUAGAACAGUAUGCUCGUCAAAAUCGAUUUGCUGUGUUUAAACAUAAAAGUGAGAAAUCUAAGGAUAGUACCUGUAGAAAGAGAGUUUUUAAAUGUGAUCUAGGGGGAGAUAUUGUGCGAAACUUUCAAAACCAGCAUUGGGUAAGCAAACAAAUAAGGGAAAAUGAUCAUAAUCAUGAAAUUGUUGCUGAAACCUUAAAAUUUGCUGUCGCUUAUAAGACUUUUUCUGAAGAAAUCCUGGAUCAAAUUGAGUUUUAUGUUGUGCAUAACCUUGGUAAUGCUAUUCAAAAAAUUAAACGAGAAAAGGAUCUAAAUCUAGGUGACGCUGCAUCUUUAUACCCUGAUCGGAUCUUUCUUACCCAAGACCUUGCUGCUCAAGCACUUAUACAGGAUGAAAGGCAGGAAACAUAUGAGUGGUUACUUAAAUGUUGUCUAGAUGCAUGUGAAAUUCCCCCAUUAACGUUUGUAACCGAUGCAGAUCUUGCAAUGAUUGCAGCUGCUUCUAUAGUAUUUCUUAAAUCACAUCACAUACAAUGCUUAUACCAUCUUUACCAAAACCUUUCAAAGAAUCUUCGCCCACGCCUUGGUCCACUUUAUCAAGAGUUUCUUAAGGACUUUAAGAGUAUUCAAAGGUCUCAUUGUGAAAGUGUAUUCGAACGAAGAUCCCAAGGUCUAGCUGAAAAAUAUGUUGUGGAAGAAAAAUAUAUAGUUACAAUAUUAUUAAAUCGGAGACAUUCGUGGGUUAAGUGUUUUACAUCUCAACAUUUUACAGCAGACAUACAGUCUACUCAGCGUGUUAAGUCAGAAAAUUUACUUAUAAAAAAAGCUGUGCAGUUGACUUUUUCCCUUUUAGAAGUUCAAGAGGUACUUGAAAAUCGUCUUGAAUUUGAUAGCAUCAAUGAGACUUUAAAAAAAUAUGUUACACCACCAAUUCAUGAUGCACAUUAUAAGCAAAUGUGUCAAUCUGUUUGUUAUCAUUCUUAUAAAGUGCAAAUAUCGGAAAUUUCAACAUCGGAUGAUGAUUCAUUUGAACCAAUUUUUGAUGAAGUGGAUGACAACUCUGAAAUUCCUGUUGAAGCCGAUGAGGACUGUGAACUUAAUUUGCAAUCUUUAGUUAAAAUAGUUAAUCCCAAUGACAUCCUGGAAAUUUGGAAA